UACUUACAAACUACUAAAAAAAUAGCAAUGAGUUGUUUAAAAAGAUUAGACAUUUUUGGAUCACCAUUUCAAUUUGAAAUGGGAGUUGGAAACAAUAAAAGGCAAACAAAUUUUGGAGGAUGUAUCUCACUUUUGGUUAUCAUCGCGGCUUUAACUUAUUUUAUUUACCUAAAUUACAAAUUUGGAUCUGGAGAAAUUUAACCAAAGAUUACAUCAUAACUUAAGAAAAUAACAUCUAAUUUCUUCUUACCGAUUCAGCCAAAUUACAUUUAUUUUGACAUUUACAACUAAGACACUUAAUAGAAUUUAAUGUUAUGGUAGAAAUAGCAAGGUAAAUAGCUGAUAUCUUAUAAAGCUACACUUUUGUAAAGCGAUGAUAACGGAAAUAUGUUACCAUAAAUUGAUAUACCUAUAAAUUAUUGUUCAAAUCUAACUGAUGAUGAAAACAUAGAUCUAACAUCAUAAUGCCUAGAUUUUUCUUCUUUUGACUAAGAUCAUGCCUAAUUUAAAACUUUUUCAAAAGAGGGAGUGGAUACUAAAAUUUAUAUUUAAAUAAAUGCAGUAUGUAGUUCAUCAUAGGUUAGUGAUUGUCUCUAUUCAUAGGUAUUUGAAGAUUAAGUCUUUAGCUAGGCUAAUUCUUUUUGUUUUACAGUAAAUUAAAAACAAUUUAACACAGAUAGUCAAGACCUAGAACCAAAAUAGCAGGAUAUUUUUUUCAAUUUAGAUCCUACUUUACUAACCAAUUCUUAAAUUACUCUUCAAGUUUCUAAAACUAGUAUGCAAGAAGGUUUCCUAAUAUCUAAAACAACCCAAUAUACCCAUUUAUCAGAUGUCUCAAGCCAAGAAUCAUUCAGGUCAAGAGGAGCUACUUCUAGUACUUAAAAUACUCCCCUAAUAGCAGAAUUUUAUAUCAGUUUGAGUGGUACUUAGUAUAAUUAAACUAUCUAAUAUCCUCAAUACCCAGAAAUAUUAGCUUAGUUUGUAAGUAUCCUUAAUGUUCUUUUGCUUUUGGGAGUAAUAGGCGGGAUAGUCUCCAAAACAGAUAUUCAAUAAUAUUUUAUUGACUUAAAACUAAAAGAAUAUUAUAAAUAGACUGCAUACAAAUUUCUAAAGAAAAGUGAAUAAAACGAAGAAGUUAUAUUGCAUAGCAAACUGAAUAAAGAUGAUAUUUUAAAAGCAAAUAAAUACAUAGAAUAAAAAGACUUAAAUGAAGAAUUAUCAAAGAAAUUUAAGGUUUCAAUGUUUCAAAGAAUUUUAAGGACAAUAAUUGGUGAAGAAAAAGAAGAUUAUAAUAAGAAAAAAAGAAGUGAUAAAGAUUUAUAUGAAGCCUUAUUUUACUAGGCAUCUUAAUCUCAAGAUGUCUUCGAAAUUUAAUCCGAGCUCAUGAGAAUAAGAAAAAUACUAGCAAUGUUAAUUACUCCAUAGUAAUAUGCAGCAAUUAAAUGCUGUGGAGCAUCUGUUAAUGAUCAGAUACCCUUCUUACUUGAAAGAAACUAAACUAAUAAAAGCAAAGUUGCAGCUACCACAGAAAAAUUUUCUAAAAAUGAUAUUCCAGAUCUUGAAUCAUAAUCAUCAUAGCUAUUUAAUUUAUAGUUUAAUUAGAUAGAACUCAUGGAUAAAAUAGAUUAUGAUGAAUAAUACUUUUAGUCCUAGUUAGAAAAAUUCAUAUAAGAUUCAGAGAGAGGUUUUGAAAACUAUGAUGAAUAAGACAGGAAAGUAAAUUAGCGCUUGCUUGAUUGCUUAAAUAAAACAUACAAUUGA